CCGGAAGAAGAAGAGUCCGUCCCCCUAAUUGUUCCGUCUAAAGAUGGCGGAGUACGCGAACAUCGUCCGGAGGGCUCUGGGGCAGAUAGGAGGUCACGGGGGACUCCGCGGGCUUCUACUGCAGUUCUUCAGGGUGAAUGAUGUGAAAACAGGCGCUUUGAUUGGCGAAGAUAAAUAUGGAAACAAAUACUAUGAGGACAGGAAGCACUACUUCUUUGGGCGCCACCGUUGGGUGAUCUACACCACAGAGAUGAACGGAAAAAAUACUUUGUGGGAGGUGGAUGGCAGCAUGGUGCCAGCUGAAUGGCAUCGCUGGCUGCACUGUAUUACUGAUGAUCCACCCACCACACAUCCUCCAGAGCCCAAGAAGUUCCUGGCUGAAAUCCACCAGUUCAAUGUGAGCGGGACCCCAAAGCAGUAUGUGCCCUUCCCCACCACCCGCAAGAAGAUCCAUGAAUGGGUUCCCCCAAAGGCUGGAGCCCACUGAACGUCAAACGCUAUGUCGUGUUCUAUGCUGUAAAUUAUGGUUUCUGGCCUGUACCCACAUUAUCCUGAAUAAAAUCUCUAUUCACAUUUA